ACGACAGACGGACGUGCCGGUCGACUUCCGCUAACCCAAGCAGCCACUCGAACGGUCAGCGUGGUCGCGUCGCCGAACGGCCGCCGCGACCGGUCCCGCCGCUGAAGAGGCGGUGCGGACGUGUCCGCGACUAAUAACUGCGUUUCACUGGAACUGGAACUUGUACGACAUGUUUUAGACGAACUGGUUUGUUGUUGAAAGUUAGGUUUGAUGUUGAAAGUUACUGGGACUUUGGACUUGACAAUGACUUUGGGGUUUAUUUUGAUUUUUGGGCAGAUUACAGCAUUCACGAUGGGCUUCGACUCGCACCUACGCGGACCGGCGUUCGUGAUGGAGCCGCCGCCCCGGCUCGAGUUCAGCAACUCGAGCGGCGGCUGGCUGGAUUGCUCGGCGUCGGGGAGUCCCCAGCCGUCCAUCGACUGGCUGUCGGUGGACGGCACGUCGGUCGGCGACGUGUCCGGCAUCAGGCGGGUGCUGAGGAACGGCACACUGUUCCUGCAGCCGUUCGCCGCCGCGGCCUACCGGCAGGACAUACACAGCACCGUUUACAGGUGUGUGGCAUCCAAUACGGUAGGCAGGAUCAUCAGCAGGGACGUGCAAGUACGAGCAGUGGUGACGCAGGCCUUCAAGGUGGACGUGGAAGUGAUCGGGGCAGCCCGGGGGUGCACCGCCGUGCUCAAAUGCGUGGUGCCCUCUUUCGUCAAAGACCUAGUGCGCAUCAUAUCGUGGGUGCGUGAGCCGAACUUUUUUAUCUACCCAUCGCUGCAAGGAGAUGGAAAGUUCCACCAGCUGCCCUCCGGCGAGCUGCUCAUCCAUAAUCUGGAGUUCAGCGACCAGUUCCCGAUGUACCGUUGCAGGACGAUGCAUCGUCUGAGCAGACAGGUCGUGGUUAGCAGUCCUGCCAGCGUUAGAAUUACGGAGCACAGAGGAAUAGUGUCGCCGGUCAUAGUGGAGAACUCGGGGACUGUCACGGUGGCUCAAGAUGAGGGAGCUGCUCUAAUUUGCGUUGCUCAAGGUUGCCCAGCUCCAGAAUAUAGGUGGUACACUCACGCGGGAAUGGAGCCCAGUUUGAUUGUUCCGGGACCCAGAGUUAGACAGUUAGGUCCCGUUUUAGCCAUUGAAGCUGUUACUCCGGAAGACGGGGGAAUCUAUCGUUGUUCUUCGUCUAAUGCCGGCGGCGAGUCGAGCGCCGAGCUCCGGCUGAUCGUGUCGACGGCGCUGCACGUCGAGAUCUCGCCGCCGAUGCUGAGCGUGCACAUGGGCGGCAGCGCCGAGUUCCGGUGCGUCGUGUCGGCGCCCGGCGGCGGGCCGCACCUCGUCACGUGGUACAAGGACGGGCGACAGUUGCCGAGCACCGGACGAGGCUCGAGCGAGAACCUGAUGGUCAGCAACGUGGGACGGGAGGAUAGGGGCAUGUACCAGUGCGUGGUCAGGCGGGCGGAGGGCGACACCGCCCAGGCCGCUGCUGAACUACAGCUAGGAGAUGCGCCACCCAUCCUGCUGUACAGCUUCAUCGAGCAGACGCUGCAACCGGGUCCGGCCGUGUCGUUAAAGUGCAGCGCGUCGGGGAACCCCACGCCCCAGAUAUCGUGGACGUUGGACGGCUUCCCACUGCCCAGCCACGGACGGUUCGUCAUCGGGCAAUACGUAACGGUGCACGGCGACGUGAUCAGUCACGUCAACAUCAGCCACGUCAUGGUGGAGGACGGCGGAGAGUACACCUGCACGGCGGAGAACCGGGCCGGAAAGAGCUCACAUUCGGCACGGCUCAACAUCUACGGCAUGCCAUACAUCAGGCUCAUCCCCAAAGUGACGGCGGUGGCUGGCGAGACACUACAGCUCAAGUGUCCGGUGGCCGGCUACCCCAUCGAGGAGAUCCACUGGGAGAGGGCGGGACGUGAGCUGCCCGACGAUCUGAGACAAAAGGUUUUGGCUGAUGGAACGCUUGUUAUCACGCCGGUGGAAAAGAAGGCCGACUCGGGGGUCUACACGUGCUGGGCCAGGAACAAACAAGGACACAGCGCCAGGAGGAGCGGGGAAGUCAGCGUUAUAGUCCCGCCAAAGCUUAGCCCGUUCUACGUGGAGGACAGCCUCCACGUGGGCGACCGCGUAAGCCUGACCUGUUCGGUGAACAAGGGAGACCAGCCGUUGACGAUCUCGUGGCACAAAGACGGCAGGAGCCUGGAGGGCGGCCAGCUGAUGCCCAUCACACAAGUGGACCAAUUUACUAGCAUUCUAGUGAUAGAAAGCCUGUCGCCGGAACACAACGGCAACUACUCGUGCGUGGUCCGUAACUUGGCCGCCGAGGUGUCGCACACCCACCAGUUGGUAGUGAAUGGUAAUUGGGUGCGCCGUGACGCACGUCCUUUAUUUGGUUUUUGUUACGAUUUUUCUUUUCUACUCUCUGAUGUUUGUUUCUCUUCUCUCUCAGUUCCUCCUAUUAUUGAGCCCUUUUCCUUCCAAGACGGGCUGUCGGAAGGCAUGCGCACCCGUACGGUAUGCGGCGUGAGUUCCGGGGACCCACCCCUAGUGGUGUCCUGGCUCAAGGAUGGUCAGCCGCUGACGCCGUCGCUCGGCGUCAACGUAUCGGCCCUUGACCCCUAUUCUAGCCUCCUCAGCAUUUCUAGCCUAGACUCGAGACACUCGGGAGACUUCACGUGCGUGGCCAGCAAUCCGGCCUCCGAGGUCAGAUACACCGCCAAGCUCCAGGUCAAAGUGCCGCCCCGAUGGCUGGUCGAGCCGUCGGACGUCAGUGUCGAGAGGAACAGGCACGUGGCGCUGCACUGUCAGGCGCAGGGGGUUCCCACGCCCACCGUCAUCUGGAAGAAAGCCACAGCCAGUAAGUCCGGGGACUAUGAGGAGGUGCGGGAUCACAUGUACACGAAACUGCUGGGCAACGGAACGCUCCUGCUGCAGCACGUCAAGGAGGACCGGGAGGGGUACUACUUGUGUCAGGCGGACAACGGUAUAGGUACCGGGAUUGGGAAGGUCAUACAGCUGAGAGUCAACUCUUCGCCGUACUUCUCGGCUCAAUCCAGGUUGGUGACGGUGAAGAAAGGUGACACGGCCCUGUUGCACUGCGACGUGAACGGCGACAAACCGAUAAGUGUGACGUGGCUGAAAGGUGGCAAAAUAGAACUUCACCCGUCCACUAACUACAGGGUCAACCUCAAGCAGGACGUCACUCCUGACGGAGUGGCAGCCGAAUUACAAAUCGUCAACGCUGACGCUUCCGAUAGUGGUCCAUAUUUUUGUAAGGCCAGCAACUUGUACGGUAAUGAGCAGCAGCUGGUGCAGCUUCAGGUGCAAGAACCACCCGGGCCACCUCAAAGGGUUGAGGCUGUGAUGAUCAGCAGUCGUUCGGUGGAAUUGAAGUGGCAACACAAAACUGGUGACUCCAACGAGGUCUUCAAGUUCAUCAUUGAGUACAGAGAAUUGGAACGAACAUGGCACCAGAUCGAAUUGACAGACACACCACUGCCGUACGGGGCCCUGAUCGACGACCUAAAGCCGGCGACCAAGUACGCCUUCCACGUGAUAGCCGAAGGGCCGGCGGGCAGGAGCGUGCCCAGCGAGGACCUGAUCGUCAGGACGGAGCCCCAGAGGCCGGCCGGGCCGCCGCUGAAUCCGGCCGUCAGGCCGGUGUCCUCCACGGAGUUCCUGGUGACGUGGAGUCCGCCGUUGCCGGAGGUCAGACACGGCGACAUACAGGGCUUCAACGUGGGCUUCAGGACCUCGAUAAUGAACAACUAUAACUUCACGUCGGUGAACGGCGACGGCGAGGACGGCGGCGAGCUUCUUCUGGGAGGUCUGGCUAAGUACACCAGGUACUUCGUGGUGGUGCAGGCGUUCAACGAGGUCGGUGCCGGCCCCCUGUCCGACCCCAUUUCGGCCCAGACCAUGGAAGACGUGCCCAGCAUGCCGCCGGAGGACGUCAGAUGUGCGGCCCUCACCUGCCAAUCUCUCCAGAUCAGCUGGCAGCCUCCACCGACCGAGCACUGCAACGGCCUCCUGCAGGGCUACAAACUAACCUACGAACCAGUCCUGGACGACAAUUGGAGAGGCAACGACGAGAUGGAGACGAGAAAAACCACAGGACUGACAACAGUAAUUACCGGACUGCGGAAGUUCACGAACUACAGCUUGCAGGUGUUGGCCUUCACCAAAGUGGGGGACGGCGUCUUCACCACCCCGACGUAUUGCCAGACGGACGAGGACGUUCCAGGUCAGCCUGUUGAUAUUAAAGUGGUGGUUAGCUCGCCGCAGUCCCUGAAGGUCUCCUGGCUGCCCCCUAUCGAUCCUAACGGCAUAAUAACCAAAUACAACUUGUACAAGCGCAGCAUGGACGGGAGGAAGGAGGUGGACCACGGGAAGCAGACGAUUUCAAGUCAGCACUUCAACUUCGACGUGAAGGGAGUGCAGUCCCACAUCGAGUACCAGUUCUGGGUCACGGCCUCCACCAGAAUAGGGGAGGGGCAAAGUUCCAGGGUUGUCACUCAAAUUGCCACAACGAGAGUGCCGGCCAGGAUCGUGUCCUUCGGAGGAGUAAUAGUGAGACCCUGGCGCAGCUCCGUGUCGUUUUCCUGCGAGGCAGUCGGCUCACCCAGACGUGAGUGGCUCAGAGGCGAGCAAAUACUCAAAGGUGGCGCCAGCCACAACCAGCAACUCCUGGACACCGGUGAACUGAUCCUGUCCAACCUCCAGCUGGCGGACUCCGGCAAUUACACCUGCCAGGUGGACAACGGCCAAGGGUCGGAUCGGAUUACCUACAAUUUAAUCGUGCAAGUGCCCCCUUCGGCCCCCCUGCUGUACGUCACCAGUGCCACCAGCAGCAGCGUCCUGUUGCACUGGAAGGCCGCCAAUAACGGUGGAGCCCCCGUCAGUGGCUUCACCUUGAACUACCGCAAGGAGCACGGGGACUUGGAUGAGGUGCACCUGAGCAGACAUGCAACCAGCUACGAACUGAAGGGGCUUUCCUGCGGGACUACAUAUCACUUGUACCUGACGGCGCACAACAAAAUAGGCAGCUCACCGGCGAGCAUGCCCCUUCAGGCCAGGACGCAGGGUCAUCCGCCUGGAGUACCUUCAGCUUCCAGCUUUAUCACGCCUAACUCCACCACCGUCACGCUAAGACUGCACCUGUGGCCGGACAACGGUUGCCCCAUACUGUACUUCAUACUUCAGUACAGGAAAGCUUCGGAGUCACAAUGGACUUUAGUGUCCAAUGCACUGAAACCACAAAGGAAGACAUCGAUAACUGGACUAACUCCAGCUGCUCAAUACGUAGUCAAGUUAGAAGCUCACAAUGUGGCCGGAUAUUCCACUGAAGAAUUUGCUUUCAUGACCCUUACAAAGGAUGGAGAUGUUCCUCCUCCAGACUUGAUGAAACUAGGAAAUGACAGUGGUCCAUUUUACACCGAUUUAAAAGUUGUUAUUCCCCUUAUUGUAUUAGCAUUAGCAAUAAUCGUUUCCGUUUCCGGAGCCCUGCUCUGCAUGAGACAUCGCCAAAAUGAUGCUGCCAAAGAACAAUUAGAUAAUCAGCAGAACGCCGAGGCUCAAAGAGAAAGAUACUACGCCACCAUCCACAAGGUGGCGUUGCAAGCUGGUGAGAAAAUUCCAGAAACUUCCGAAGACAUAUCACCUUACGCAACGUUCCAACUGUCGGAACCAAGUACUCUGCCGCAGAACACAAUGUUGCACAGUUUCAUGUACCACGAACAUCCAAUGACUGAAGGGUGCGCAUCGCCACCACCUGCUACCUCAUCAGUUCAACGAAAUUCCCCGUAUUAUAAUAUCCAAAAAUUUCAAAGUACAAAAGGCCACGGUCGACGACGUGCCAACCGAAAAACGGACGUGGACAGUGACGAUAGCGAAUCCGAUCAGGAUCAGUUGACAUCAAGCAGAACCGAGUCUUCCAAUCAGCUAGACAUGAAACAUAAACACAGUAAGUAUUUUAUAUAUCACGGAGCUCAGUCGAGUACAUCUUCGGACAUAUCGCCGAUGUCGGAGCAAAAGUCUCUGCCACGGAGGAAUAGAUCGAGGUGGUUGGCCCAGGGAGGCAGAAGUGCCUCCCAAAGGCAGAUGCUGCCACUGUCGGUGGCGGAGACCGUUUUCACGGAAAGACCGGCACCGCAAACGGAACAAAACACCCCCGAUCGCCCCGAGCUUAGCGAGGCCGAAUGCGACAUCGAUACGCUCAAGAAACUUAAACUAGGUCUGCGGUCCACCCUUUGGUCUAGACCAAGCGGUUCCAACCAGCCCUCGGAUUAUUCCAUUGCGGUCUAAGGACUACAUAUUAAUACAUAUAUUGUUUUUGAAUAUAAUAAAUCAAAAUUAUAGUUAAAUAUUUUAUACAAAAAAAAUUAUUAGGACUAUUAAGUUUGUAUAUGUUUAUGGAGAUAAACUUUUGGACAGAUUUUAUAAUAUAAUUUCGAUAAAGACUAAAAAUUCUAGCAGAUAACUUUCUUCCAUAAGUCGGUGUACCAAAUCUACAAUCAAUGUCUGAUCAAAUCAAAACUGAACCCCCUCCCUCAAUAACUGUAAACAGUAUAAUGUAUAAUAGUUCAACUUAAAUAAAAUUUAUUGUAAAC